AGAGAGAAAGGGUGUAUAUCUGUGUGUCUGUGUGAUGGUGGAACGCGAGGUGAAUAUUGUAGCAUGCAACAUAUUUCCCACGAAAGAACAUUUAAUCAUUUAUCUUUGUGACUGUUAGUAUUACAACCCCAAAACAGAACAAGUUGGAACGUUGUACAAAAACAGAAUGUAUUAAUCUGCAAAUCUCUUAAACUAAUAUUUAGUUGCAAAAAGGACACAGACAACAUGUCAAAUGUUGAAAAUGACAAAUUGCACUAUGUGACAGUGUAGUUUGAAAGCUUCUUAACAUGAUUUUGUGAAGUAUUUGGGGAGUUCAUUGUCUACAGGACAUCAUUUUAUUAAAAUAUUCACAGAAUCCAGAAAAAUCUUUGCAAACAAGGGCAAAGAGCUGAAAACCAAAUGGGAUGGCCGUGGUCUUUUGGACAUUUUGGGUGGCAAUGCAUCAACACCAGACCUGUUUCCAGACCUGUCAGUGUAUGGGUUCAGGAAAACCUUUGAUAACCAUUAUCUAUGUGCACAGUUUGAUUCUCCAUUCAAAAACUGCAGCCAAAAUUAUAACAACCAAAAACAGCCAAAAUUUUAUUGAGACAUGAUACAGAAAACAUCACGUCUUAUCUGACCCUAAAAUGGACUAAGGUAACAUGAAAAAAGGUCAUGUGGUUUGCCAUUAUUUUGGAGAUCAUGGACUCAUAUUGGAGAGGGCCUAUCCAAGCAUCCAACCUACUGUAGUGCUCAGUUCAAAACCCAACAGUGUGGAGGAGCAUUUGUGCCUACAGUAUGUGCAUCUUGCACAUUUGGCAAAGGACGAUUAAUUCUGAAAUAUGUGCACAGGUUUGGAGCAACAUAUCGGCAAAAUUAAUUCUGCACUUAUUUCAAAAGUAUUUCUCCACAGAGAAAGAGUCCAGGUGCUACAUUGGGAGCAACAGAAUAAAAAAAAAAUAUCCCAUAUGAGCAACUGAAAUAUUAAACGGGAGUAAUAUUUAAUUCUUAAAACUAGCAGCUGGUCUCCUCAGUUCCUAACCAUUUGCGGAAUUUUUUUAAAUGAAGAGGUGAAGCAGCAUAUUCUGUUUUUGCAGUUGUUGCAUUUUACACAAUGUCCCACCUUUUUCUGAUUUGAAGUUGUAGAAAAACAACAGGAUCAAAGAAAAUGGAAUACGGUUAUCAUCUCUAGAUAUACUCUCUACAUUGGUGGAAAUGUCACAACUGGCUUGAACUUAAUUUUGCCCUUGAAAUGAGGCCAAACAUUGUGUGAAAUUGCCACCUGUAGUCUAUUUGUCUGUCAACUAAUAGCCCCAAUGAUGGCCAAAAUACCAAGCCAUUUUGGUUGUGCAUCAUCUGUAAAUCUGUACUCCAUGCAAGCUAUUAACAAAUAAAGGGCUCCAAGGGUGGCGUGUUCUGUGUGUGUGAGGUGGGAUAGCAGGUGCCAGGGAACAGGUCAGGGGGUGGGUAAGGAGAGAUAAACGCACCUAUAAAAGUACUUGGUUGAUAAGUGGGGUUUCCAGUCGGGCGAAGAUUUGAGCCAGCAGAAUGAUCUCCAUCUAUUUGGUUGCUUUCGCUCUUGUGGGUGCUGCAGUUGCAGCACCACUGGAUGAUAAGAUUGUUGGUGGGUAUGAGUGUGCAGCUCACUCUCAGCCCUGGCAGGUCUCGAUCAACAUUGGCUACCACUACUGCGGAGGCUCCCUCAUCAAUGACCAGUGGGUCAUCUCUGCUGCCCACUGUUGGCAAAAUCCCUUCACACAGAUUGCCAUCCUGGGUGACCACCACAUCUGGGAGUACGAGGGCACCGAGCAGUACAUGGCUGUGGACGCCAUCUACUGGCAUCAGAGCUACGACUACCAGACACUGGACCACGACAUCAUGCUGAUGAAGCUGGCUCACCCCGUCACUGUCAAUGAGUUUGUUAAACCCAUCUCUCUGCCCACAGCAUGCGCCAACCCUGGAGACAUGUGUGUGGUGUCCGGCUGGGGGAACAUCUACACCGACUCAGUUUUCAACCCUUUCAACCUCCAAUGUGUUGAGGUGCCCAUUUUGUCGAACAAGGACUGUGACGUCUCCUACCCAGGGAAGAUCACAGAGGUCAUGGUGUGCGCAGGCUACCCGGAGGGCGGCAAAGAUGCCUGCCAGGGUGAUUCUGGAGGCCCCCUGGUGUGUAACGGGGAGCUGCAGGGCAUUGUGUCUUGGGGUUAUGGCUGUGCUCAACCCAACUACCCCGGCGUCUACACUAAAGUCUGUGCCCUCAUGCCCUGGAUCAACGAGAUCCUCUCCAGCUAUUAGGCACUAAACAAUAACAGCAGCGCAAUAAACAAUUACAA